CACGACGAGCCAGCCGGGACAGUGUACAAGCGUCGUUCGGUGCGGACUGAGUGAAAGGAACCGAGAGGUGUGCGUCGCGAAGGAUCACACGAGAGCGGCGUCGCCGUUGUCCUCAUCGUCGUGAAUAAACGAAAACGCUGUACUCGCGACGAAUUAUCAUCACCGGUGUGCCACAGAUUUUUCACGCGGCGAGUGCGUUUAAACAGAAUUUAUUAUCGAAGGGAUUGUACACGAAUUCCGGUUCGUUGGAGACAUCGACGAAUUUAACCGUGUUACAUUCCUGGGAACGGAUACUUACGAUCGAGAUAAUAGUGGCUGGCUAAAAAAUUACUUGAUGCGCUGAGGAUGCGCCGUGAUUUCUGCAACGGUAGGCUUCCCUGCGCCGUUGUGUGGGUGUCAUCAACUUGCCUGCUGCUCGUUCUCUCGUUGUCGUCAUCGAUCACUGCAGAGCCAUUGCUGAGGAGCGUUGGUCGAUGUCCAUCCUUCGACGAGCAAAAUGUGUGUCCAUCGAGAGCGCCGGCUUGCGAGAAUGACUUUCAGUGCCAAAGCGGCGGCCGACAAAUGCCGGUAGAACGUUGCUGCAAGACUGCAUGCGGUUUCCGCUGCGUCGCAGGCGAGUUAACCGGAUGUGAACAGUUGGCGUCGGCGGCCGUGAGACGGUCGCGGGCACUAGGUGCCCAUGACUUGUCGCAGUUCGUGCCGCGCUGCAACAACGAGACUGGCGAAUUUGAAGAAAUACAAUGCGAACCGCGCAAUCGUAGCUGUUGGUGCGUCGACAAGAUCGGCGUUGAGAUUCCCGGUACCAGAGUGCCCAGCAGGGAUGCCGUCGAUUGUGACAAACCCCGCGCCUGUCCGGCUCACAGCUGUCGAAUGCUGUGUCCCUUGGGAUUCGAGAUCGAUGAGCGCACCGGCUGUCCCAAAUGCGAAUGCCGGGAUCCUUGUCGCGGUGUCACUUGCCCAGGCGCCGGACAAAUGUGCGAGCUGAUUGACGUGAGCUGCGUGCGACCACCAUGCCCGCCGGUGCCCAGUUGCCGGAAAGCCAAAUCUCUAUUGACAAUUUGUCCUGUGGGCGAGCCGCUGCAAAUCACUGAUUCGCCGCGACCAUUUCUCUGCGGCAGCACGCCGGGCAAGCCGACAUGUCCGCCGAUGUACACCUGUCUGGUGGAGUCAAAGCAGGAAUAUGGGGUUUGCUGUCCGUCCAGUGUGAGCCUGCAACGAGCUGGUACAUGUCCCGUGGAGACACCGACGACGGGUUCAUGCGGACCCACCUGCCGCUACGAUUUCGAAUGUGUCGGACCUCAAAAAUGCUGCAGCAGCGAACGCUGCGGCGGUAAUGUGUGCGUGAUACCACAGGGCCUUAGUGUAUGCCAUCGUGACCGUAUGCUCGCCGAGAUGCUGAGCGUUUCCGAGCGACAGGGUCGCGGAUACGUUCCGCAAUGCACGGAAGAUGGAGGUUUUGAAAUGAGACAGUGCUCAAGGAAUGGUCUUGUUUGCUGGUGCGUGGAUGAGGACGGCCGAAAGAUAUCCGGCUCCAUGGGUCCUGCUAAGAAAAUAGAUUGCAGAUCGAUAAACAAAGCUCGCUCGCUUCCGGUGUCUUGCACUCUUCAACAGUGCGCUCAGGUCUGCCAAUAUGGUUUCAAAACGGAUGCUUCCGGUUGUUCGACUUGCGAAUGUGAUGAUCCAUGUGAGGGAUUUUCUUGCCCAGCAGGAGAAGAGUGCAUGCUGAAGCGGGAGGACGGUUGUCCUGAUUUUCUCUGCCCAACGAAACCGGAAUGUAAACUUAAGAAAACUUACAAGAGCCCCUGCCUUUAUGGCACACCGCUUAUUGAUCAAGAUGGAAACGCCGUGACUUGUUCUAUUAACGAAACUUGCCCAGAUGGCUACAAAUGCACGAUAGUACCGGAAGCCGAUCAAUCGGUGUGCUGCUUGGAAGUGUCAAGCUCCACGAAUGCACCCACAAUGUGCGAGUAUCUACGGGAUUUCAACGAUCGCAUGGAAGGCACGAGGGAAGGAAUGUUUCUAGCUAUCUCCACGCCUCAGUGCGAGCACGAUGGCAGUUACAAAUCUCUGCAAUGUCUCAACGAUACGAGUUGCAAUUGCGUGAACCAUCGUGGCGUCAUCCUGAAGACUGGAUUGGACCGCGCCGCUUCGGCCAACUGCGAGGCUAUCCGGAAGGUCACGCAGAUUUGCAAGCAUCUUUACUGCAAUCUGGUCUGCCCGUACGGUUACGAGGUGGACACGGCUGGCUGCGAGCAGUGUCGCUGCCACGAACCGUGUCACGAUGUUGUCUGCAAUCCGCAUGAGACUUGCAUGAUGAUCGACGUGAAUUGCGGUCCGGAACAAUACUGUCCUGCGGUGCCGGCGUGUCUAACAACCAAGCCAGGCCAGUGCCCGUAUCUCGUGCCGAGUUCCUCGAGCUGCGAGCUGCAGUGCAGUAACGAUCAGGACUGUCCGUCCGGCGAUAAGUGCUGCUCGACCGGUUGCGGCACGCAAUGCGUGGCGCCCGUUAUGGCAACGGCAUGUCAGCACGCGCGCGCGGUCGCCGAACACGCCGCCCGCGAAUCCGGUGAACCCGCGCGAAGAAUCUACAUACCGAGGUGCGAUGCAAAUGGCGCGUUUGAACCGGUGCAAUGCCACAACGGCGUGUGCUGGUGCGUGGACGAGGAAGGCAAAGAGGCAGCGGGCACUCGGGUGCUUGAAGGCAUUGUGCCGCGCUGCAACAAGCCGUUGAGAUGCCCGGAGAUCGACUGCGAGCUGAACUGUCCGAACGGUCACGAGUUGGACGCGGACACUGGCUGCCCGACCUGCUCGUGCCGCGAUCCCUGCCGGAGUGUGACGUGUCGUGGUGAGAACGAGGCGUGUCGGAUGGUGGAGGUAGCGUGCAGCGCACCGCCAUGCCCACCUGUGCCCGUCUGCCUACCGCAGAAGGACAAUCCGUGUCCGAACGGCGCACCGUUGCUCGAUCAGAAUGGCAUGGUCGCCACGUGUGGCCCGCAGGGUCAUCAUUGUCCGUCCACGCACAAGUGCGAGCUGUCGCCGUUGGACGAGUACGCAGUGUGCUGUCCGAAACCGCGCGACGUGUGCUUCGAGCCGCCGAAAAGAGUGCCCUGCAAUCCGAGCGCGGGCUUGAACGGGACAGACAGGUGGUUCUUCGAUUCGGAACGAAACGAGUGCCGGCGUAAGCACGAGUGCACCAUUGGUCACAACGAUUUCGCCAGCCGCCUGGUCUGCGACACUGUUUGUCCGGUGUUGUCGCAGUGCGAGAGGCUGCGCGAGAAGAACUUGAAGAAAUCGCAGAGACUCAAGCAACCUACGUUUCUGCCCAAGUGUAAUCGCGACAGCGGAAUGUGGGAACCGGUGCAAUGUCUGGAGCACGUCAAUGUCUGCUGGUGCGUGAAUCGCAAGGGUCAGCCGAUCAAGGGCUCGCUCACCAGAGGCACCGAGCCGAAGUGUAACUUCCGGCAAGCCAGACGGGGCGGCAGGGGACCUCCGCAAGAGAUAGACAGCGAGAUUCAAGCGAUCAUGGAAGACGUGGCUCUGUUGGAUCCCGAUACGGACGAGCGACCAGCGGACAAGAUUCUAGGUACUAGGUGUCAAGCGAUGAAGGACAAAGGUCAAUUGCCAGCGAUAUGCGAUCCGCAAGGCAAAUUCGAGCCUACGCAAUGCGCCGGCGAUACGUGCUGGUGCGUCGACGAGGCCGGCAAUCAGUUGAUUGGCACCGAGCCCUUUUUGAAGGGAACAAGUAUUUGCUUGCCUACGCCGGUUGAAGCUGUUGAGGUGACAUUACGAUUUCCUGGUAGAUUCCUUGCUACGGACGAGGCACGAUUCGUCAAGGAAGCCGAAAACUUUCUGCGCGAGCAUGGUGCCCGACUGCGGAAAACCGUGGAAGUGGAGAUCAAUCAAGACUCGGCGAUUUUGAAUUUUGAGAUUAUAGGUGCGAACAAGGUGGAUGUGGCAUUUCAUUUAGAGGAACUUACGCGAAUCCAGAAGCUAUCCAUGUUAGGCUCAGCCGCGGACGCAACAACCUCGCGCUUCACGCAUCGCUCCGUUCCUGCAGCAGCACAGAACCGGAUCGUCGCGUUGGAACAGCGUGAGAUUCUCACACAAGUGGAAAUGCCGGUCUAUCAAACGGCCACGCUCGUACUCGCGGCCGGAAGCGCCUUUAUUAUUAGCAGCCUCAUUAUUCUGCUGAUGCUGUAUCACAAGAAGAUGAAGAUGAAGGAUGCCGCAAAAAUGCUUUCCAUGGAUCAACACUUCCUUGCUUACAGCCAACAGCCGAUCUAUAUGAUAUCAAGUACAGAACAGGAUGAAAAGAAGAAAGAGGCUGCAACGCAGCAAAUAUUACAAGACAUCCAUACCUCCGAUACUAUCGUUGGGGCGUAAAAUUUGUGACACUAUUUACUUAGAUUGUUUUUAUCUUGUACAAUAGUGAUUCUUAUAUAUUUUUUUAAAGAGUGACUUACUUAAAUGAUAAUUUGGAAUUGUAUAAUAUUAUAUAUAAGUACAGGAAUAUUAAUCAAACUUUCUACCUUUCUUCAAAGUACGUGCGUAACUUGACCUUAUAAAAAGUUGGAAAUCACAGUUGCGUUUAAUCAAUCGUACAAAUCUUUUGGAUCUCCCCAUUUUUUUAAAAUUUAAUUAAUUUAUUAUAGAAUUGAAUAUAAAAUGAUAAAAUUGUUUAUUUAUGCACA